UGCAAUGGCGUCAAAUGGCGUCCUUUUGCGGCAACGUGCGUGUUGAUGUUUAGUAUUAUUGUUGUGACAUUAAGUGGCCAGUAAAGAAUUUCUAGAAUAUGACAAAUAUGAACGGUUUUUCAGACUCACAAGAGUCUGCUCUACUUGAGGAUGAUGUAUUCUCGGAAUUACAACGGGAAAUAGGAAGCCAAACAUUACCAUUGCUGACAGAUAAUAUGUUAGAUGAAGUAGAGGAAAAAUAUAGUUUCACCCAACAGUACACAGAAUGUACAGAAAUAAAAAAUGAAUCUUCAGAUAGAGAAUAUUACCAAGAAACUGCAGCUCCAAUAAGGGAGGAAUUUGCGGGAUGCUACGAUUUUCAGUUCUCGCUAGCUAAUCAGGGUUCCAGUAAACAUUGGGUUUAUUCUCAGAUAUUGAGAAAAGUGUUUAUUCUCAUGGAUGAGACACUGCCAGUGCGUUUCAAAUGGGAUCCACCAGAGGAUGGUUUAUUUUUGCGUACUACCAUGGUUUUUAGUUUGGAUCAAUAUGCAUCAGAUCCAGUAAAAAGAUGCCAUAACCAUGUGGCCGCAGUUAAUACAAACAAUCGAGAUAUAGAUCCAAGAAUAAUAAAACAUGUUGUUCGUUGCUUGGAUCAUUCAAGCAUGUAUGAAGAAAGGAACGAGCAUUUGUCUGUAUUGACACCUCUUCAUACACCUCAAGCUGGAUCACAGUAUGUGCUAAUGAAUUUCAAGUUUCUGUGUAAAAACAGUUGUCCAUCUGGUAUGAAUCGUAGACCCACAGAAUUAAUUUUUAAUUUAGAAGACAGUAAAAGAACGGUAUUAGGUAGACGCAGGCUUCUUGUUAGAGUUUGUAGUUGCCCAAAAAGAGAUUUAAAAAAAGAAGAGUCUGAAGUAACAGAGGCACAGCCUGAGGUUAAAAAGAGGAAACUUUGUUUGCCUGUUGCUAAAAAAAUGAUGCCUUCGUGUGACACCCAUGUCUUUAAGGUUCAACUCAAUAUAAUUGGUAAAGAAAACUAUUUAGCAGUUUUAAAAUAUGCGUACGAUAUUAUGGCUGGCCAAGCCUCGCGAACCGGACACUAUGAGUUUUUUAAACCAUACAUGGACGACAUAUUGCGCAAAACUCCGUGAGUUUACAAGUUUUGUGUCUUUCAUAUUAUCUUAUGUGCCUUAAAAAUUCGAAGUAAGUAUGUUCUAUUGUUAUAUAUUUAUAUGCAUUACAAAUUGAAGUAAUGCAUAUUCUAACACAAAUAACUCAACACCACU